AUGUCGUUCAUAACACAUGCAUUCAAGGACAAACAAACAAAUGUCGUUAUCUUCUCCGCUACAGCCAUUGCGCUCUAUGGCUACGAUCAGGGUAUGAUGUCGCUUAUCAACACAAACUACGACUAUCUCGAGACUAUGGGCUUAUACGAGGAAUCUCCCAUGGUCGGCGUCAUUGUGGCUGUUUACUACCUCGGUUGUGCAGUCGGUGCGGUCAUCUUCUCGAAACUUGCCGACCAGCUGGGAAGAAAAAAGAGCAUCUUUUUCAGUUUGGCAACGGCUUCUUUGGGAAACCUACUCAUGUUCGCUAGCGGGAUGGGAAUUCUGGGAAAGAGUAGUCAGGUUGCGUUGGGCAUAAUGUUGGCAGGAAGGGUAGUGAUGGGUCUCGGCGUUGGAGGCAUCGACGCGGUUAUUCCAACUUACUCCUCCGAGUUGAGCUCCGACGACUCGCGUGGUAAAGCGCUAGCUCAAGAGUUCCAGUCAAACAUUUUCGGUCUGGUCAUGGCCUUUGGCAUCAACCUUCUCGUGACCAUCCUCCUCGGCAAGCAAAACCAAUGGGCCUGGCGCAUCCCCAUUAUUGUCAUGCAGGUCUAUCCUGUUCUGCUCAUGGCAUUUGUUGAGCGUCUCCCGGAAUCCCCACGCUGGCUCAUCUUCCAUGAUCACAAGGACGAAGCCAAGGAUGCAUUGGAUGACAUCUAUGGAGAUGAGGCUAAAGACAAGCUUGACACGCUUUUAGAGCAGCAUGAGAAAGAAAAGGACGAGAAGGUUGGCUACUUGGACAUGUUGACACCCGGAAGACAGCAGUUUCAUCCUACAAUGAUCACGGUCAUGUCCCAGGUGAACCAAGCACUGACUGGAUACGGCGCUGUUAGUGUGUAUGGCCCGCAGAUCUUUGAGCUCCUCGGAUUUUCAGUUCGCAACUCGGAAUAUCUCACUCUUGGAAACUACACCUCUUACUUCUUCCUCAUGACACUCGCCUGGUUGCUCAUUGAUGCGAUCGGCCGACGUAAGAUUCUCAUCCAAGGUUCCAUGAUCUUGUCCACUUCCUUUGCACUACUUGCUCUUUUCGGCGGCCUAGCAUCAAAAUCCAGCUCCCUGGAUAUUCCUGUGUAUGUCCCUGGCAUAAUUGGUACCAUCAUUUUAUUCGUUGCUACCGGCGCCUUUGGCAUUGGUUGGCUCGCCACCGUCUGGCUUUUCCCUACUGAAGUCUACCCGACCACUGCUCGCGCACAGGGCACAGCUAUUUCCGUCAUUAUCUGGGGCCUGGCCAACUUUGCCAUUACUUUCCUAACGCCUGUUCUCUUCAACAACCUCGACUACUACAUCUUUCUCGUGUUUGCCGGCACGAAUGCUGUCGCAGGCGUGUGGACAUAUCUCUACCUUCCCGAAACCGGCGGACGCACCUUUGACGAGAACAUGGAUUUCUUCAAGCAGGCGAGCGAGCAGGGAACUUGGCGAGUCAGCAAAGUGGGCAAAGGCGAAUGGAAGAAGAUGGUGUAUCCUGAUCCGGAAGGUGAGGGUAAUGUGGAUGCGGAGCGCGUACCGCUGCUGCGGAGAGUCGAAGACCAGGUUCCUGGUAUGGGUAGCCAGUAG